AUGGCUAGGAAAGACGUGAUAUUAGAAACAUCAUCUGGCUGUCUGGCACCACCAGAGAACUGCAUUUUUGACCCAACAAGAGCUCGUGGGUGGAUGGGGGCAGGAAGGAGGUUGGGGAAAGGACUGAUGCCAGCCUGGCUGCCUCAUGGGGAGCUAGACACACAUGGCCAUGCCAUUAGCCUCCUGUUCGGCUUCUAGACGGGUUUCAUCUGGGAGACCUACAUAGUCCUUGCUUGGAACAACACAGUAUAAAGCUGCCCUGGUGCUAACUCAUCUUCUGAAUAACCACACACUAAAAUACAGCAGAACAGAAGACAGGGCCACAAAGAAGAGGACCACAGUCAGGUGCCAGAAGCAGGUGACAUCUAG